UGCGGGUCUCUGCCCGGCGUCCCUGUGCUCGCGGGGCUGAGGUCGUCUCAGGUGAGGAGGUCGCGCCGCCGGAAGUGACUGUGGCCGUGGCGCUUCGGUGUUUGUUGUUGAGGGGCCGUGGCACUGUGCCGGCCGCUCCGCCUUCCCGACAGCAGCUAUGGCGAAAGGCAGAGUCGCCGAACGAUCGCAGACGGGGGCACUCCACACGACCCCCGUGGAGGACGCGGACUCGGGGACGCGGGGUUCCGCGGCGCCGGGCAUCGGAGACCACCUGAAAGAAAAAGCCUGGGCAGAAGCUGGAUCAGCAAGAAUGUCCCUCCUUAUAUUGGUGUCCAUUUUCUUAUCUGCAGCUUUUGUUAUGUUUUUGGUAUAUAAAAAUUUUCCUCAGCUUAGUGAAGAAGAAAGAGUGAACAUGAAGGUUCCCAGAGAUAUGGAUGAUGCCAAGGCUCUAGGAAAAGUUUUAUCCAAAUAUAAGGACACCUUUUAUGUUGAAGUACUAGUAGCUUAUUUUGCUACAUAUAUUUUCUUGCAAACAUUUGCUAUUCCAGGCUCUAUAUUUCUCAGUAUACUCUCAGGUUUUCUUUAUCCCUUUCCUCUAGCCUUAUUUCUCGUUUGUUUGUGUUCUGGACUUGGUGCCUCUUUCUGCUAUAUGCUUUCCUAUUUAGUUGGGAGACCAGUUGUAUACAAAUACCUAACAGAGAAAGCAGUAAAAUGGUCACAGCAGGUUGAACGUCAUAGAGAACAUCUCAUUAACUACAUUAUAUUUUUGAGAAUAACACCAUUUCUGCCUAAUUGGUUUAUUAAUAUUACAUCUCCUGUGAUAAAUGUGCCGUUGAAAGUUUUUUUUAUUGGUACUUUUCUAGGUGUUGCACCUCCCUCUUUUGUAGCCAUUAAGGCAGGAACAACACUAUACCAGCUUACAACAGCAGGGGAAGCUGUUUCCUGGAACUCAGUAUUUAUCCUAAUGAUUUUGGCUGUUCUUUCUAUUCUGCCAGCCAUCUUCCAAAAAAAACUAAAGCAGAAAUUUGAGUAAAAAAGUCAUCUGAUUUUUAGUUUUGCUGUCAUCAUCAUCAUCUCAGGAUUAGCAGGUGUAUCCAUUUAUGUUUUAAAAUCACCUCUUCAGUAGUUGAAACAAGCAAUUUGUAAAAUAAAAAUUCCUGUCAGAUAAUGCAUUUAAGUGACACAAGGGAGAAGAAAAUAAAAAUGGAAAUUGGUAUACUAUAAAA